CGAGUUGUAUAAGAAACCACUCGUCCGAAGCCUUCAAGCAGAGCGACACGAUCAUUUUCUCAGUCUCGUCGGGGUGAAAGAGAAGACCGGAGGCUCGCCGGAGAGAAGAGAGAAUCCAGGCAUGGAAGAGGCUGCCAAGGAACAGUCCACUGGUUCUGGGAAGCCGAAGCUGCUUCGCUACGGGCUGCGAUCGGCCGCGAAAUCGAAGGAGGAGAAGCACGAGGCGGCAAGUUCUUCUUCGUCUCGGAGGACGAGACCCUCACCCUCGGUGAGCAAAAGCAUGGGCGUCCUUGAUCUCUCUGGGAAGGAGAAAUCUGCGAAGCCACCCAGAAGGCUCUCCAUUCCUACUAAGUCCAGUGUGAAUCCAGCUCCUAAAUCCGGUGGCAAUGUGUCUCCGAUCUCCGAGGCAAGAGUGAGGAGACCUGCGAAUAGUCAAGCAAAGAACGAAACGCCACUCUCUACUGUCUCCCGAUCAUCCGUGCGGAAGAAGUACAAUCUCCUCAGUUCAACAUCGUACUGGUUAUCGCAGAUUAAUCUCUCAGAAUCUGAUAACAAGCACUCUAUUUCUCUUGGCUUUUUCAAACUCGCUUCUGAGGCUGGAUGUGAGCCCAUCCAGAAAAUGCGGGAAGAGCUCAAAUCUUAUGCUCAACGUCACAAUCUUGCUGAAUAUGGAGAAUCUCUGAAGGAGUUAUUUGAAACUUACAAUAUUGCGGAGAGCAUGGAGCAGAUGCAGGUGUCUGAAACCUGUUCUCAGGAGCCAGAAGAGGAAACUAGAACAUCUGAUGAUGAUGUCCAUAGCUCUGUUUCAGUGACAGGAGCUAGGAAGCUUAAACCUAAGUCUAUGAAUGAUCAAUCUGCUCAAACUUCCCCAGUGGCAGAAUCAGCCAAGGAGUCUAAGACCAAAACUGCCACUAAGAUUAGAGAACCUGUCAGCAAGAAUUCUGCUAGCUCCAAGACCUUCAGGGACAGAGAAGCUCGAAACCUGCAGAAGAAGCCCCAGAAGUCGGUUAAACAAGAAGUCAACAAAGAAAAGGUGAAGAAGCAAGCAGGAAAACUGGCUGCUGAAGAAGGUCAAAAUAAGCGUUUACCUGCAGAGGACAAUGUCGAGAACAAAGAAAACAUGGACGCAGGUCCAGUGAAAGAGCCGUCCGCCGUUGUUUAAGCAAUACUAUGGCACAGAAGAUGCUUCACUUCAUGUCCAGCAUCAUGCAACGCGGAACUCUUUGUUUGUAUAGAUAGAAGUUUCUACAAUGAGUGUGUCGGUGUGGUGUGAAAACUGAAAUCUUCUUUGCUUUUUGCUAAAUUUUUAUGCAAUUACUACAGGUGAUAUCUAAGUGUAUCCAAACAUUCGGACCGCUCUUGUCGCAGUGUGGUUAACGAUUGCUGGCUGAGGCCUUGUUUGAGAUGUGGCUUUAGAUUCAGUGAAAUGGCAAGAUGAGAGGAACAUCUUUGGAAUUCUUUUUU